AUGGCUGCCCCGGAGAGCAAGAAUGAGGCCCUUGCCGGUCUGCCUCACAGUGAGGUCCAUUACUUCAACAGCUACAACCAUCAUGGCAUUCACGAGGAGAUGUUGAAAGAUGAGGUCCGAACCAAGUCCUACCGUGAUGCCAUCUACAACAACCCGCACAUUUUCAAAGACAAGGUCGUCCUGGAUGUCGGUUGUGGCACUUCGAUAUUGAGCAUGUACGAUCACCGCGAUACAAAUGCGACAGCAUUGCCGCCGUUCGCGGUCAAGGCCGGCGCCAAGCACGUCAUUGGCGUGGACAUGUCCACAAUCAUCUACAAGGCUCGCGAGAUCGUCGCGGCUAACGGCAUGUCCGACAAGAUCACCCUCCUACAGGGCAAGAUGGAAGAGGUGGAGCUGCCGUUCCCGGAGGUCGACAUCAUCAUCUCGGAGUGGAUGGGAUACUUCUUGCUGUACGAAAGCAUGCUGGACACCGUCCUGUGGGCGCGUGACAAGUACUUGCGAAAGGACGGCAAAGGUUUGAUUUUCCCUGACAAGGCCACCAUCUUCAUGGCUGGUAUCGAGGACGGUGACUACAAGAACGAGAAGAUUGGCUUCUGGGACAACGUGUAUGGUUUCGAUUACACUCCUCUGAAGCUCACCGCUUUGACCGAGCCCCUCGUGGACACCGUCGAGCUCAAGGCAGUCAACACCGACCCUUGCGCCAUCAUCACCCUGGAUCUGUACACCUGCACCACCGCAGACCUCAACUUCAGUCUCCCCUUCAGCCUCUCCGUCCGCCGUACUGACUAUAUCCACGCAUUGGUCGCCUGGUUCGACAUUGAGUUUUCUGGCAGUCACAAGCCUGUACGAUUCAGCACCGGCCCUCACACCAAAUACACCCACUGGAAGCAAACCGUCUUCUACCUCGCUGACGUCCUCACCGUUGAAGCUGGUGAGCGCGUCACUGGACAGCUGGGCUGCCGACCUAACGACCGCAACCGCCGCGACCUCGACAUCAGCAUCGAUUACAAGCUGGAGACCGAGGACCAAGGACGGGUAGCGGACGGUCGCUGCGAGUACAAGAUGUGCUGA